UCCCGACAAGAUUACUCUACUUCUGAUGCAAGCGUGACCAUCAGGAACGAGUGGUCUUCUUGUUGGACUCCUUUUCGGCAAAAUGGAACCGCGAGGGAGGGUGAUCAUCGCUAAUGAGAUCCUCAUCUUCCUGGAGAAGAUCGUUGACGACCAGCCCCCUGAGCAUCACCUCCUUCAAUCCGAGCAAUUGAAGCCAGCGACCUUGGAACGAGUGUCGUCGCCUCAUCGCGACAACGGGGAGGUGUCAUCCGACGACGAUCCUGAACCGAUAGCGCUCCCCAGCCAGGAUGAAGAAGAGGAAGUGGAAGAAGUAGAGGCAGAGUCCACAGAAGAAGAAAGAAGAAGAAGAAGAAGACGACGACGAAGAGGACGAAGAGGAAACAGAGGAAGAGGAAGAAGAAGAGGACAAGAGGAAGAAGAGGACGACGAAGAAGACUACGAAGAGGAAGACGAGGAAGAAGAAGACGACGAAGAGGACGACGAAGAGGACGACGAAGAAGACGACGAAGACAGCGACGAAGACAAUGACAACGACGAUGGCGAUGACAACGAAGAAGAAGAAGAAGAAGAAGACCACGAAGAAGAAGAAGAAGACCACGAAGAAGAAGAUGACAACGACGAAGAAGAUGACAACGACGAAGACGACAACGACGAAGACGACGACGAAGAAGAAGACGACGACGACGAAGACGACGACGACGAUGCCGAAGAAGACGACGACGAAGACGAAGACGACGACGACGAAGAAAGAGACAUAAGAACCAACUAAAAACUUGUUGAAAUCACCCAAAAAAAGCAAAGAAGGAAGAAGAAGAAGAAGAAGAGCCAUCAGCGGAACAACACGAAAAG